CAUGGGGCGGGGCCACGGCCGAGGGCGGGGCCGGGCGGCAGCAUGCUAAGCCGGGUGCGCUCCGCCGUGGCGCACCUGGUGAGCUCGGGGGGCGCCCCGCCCCCGGGCCCCAAGUCUCCGGACCAGCCCGAAGCGACCUCGCUGCUGCCCGCCGCCCCUGCAGAAGCGCCCAGGAGCCCCCCGGCGAAGGCGGGGAGCGGGAGCGCGGCGCCCCCAAAGACAGCGGAGGCUCGAGCGAGCUUCUCCCGACCGACCUUUCUGCAGCUGAGCCCGGGGGGGCUGCGUCGCGCCGACGACCACGCCGGCCGGGCUGUGCAAAGUCCCCCGGACACCGGCCGUCGCCUGCCCUGGAGCACGGGCUACGCCGAGGUCAUCAACGCUGGCAAGAGCCGGCACAAUGAGGACCAGGCUUGCUGUGAGGUGGUGUAUGUGGAAGGUCGGAGGAGUGUGUCAGGGGCACCUAGGGAGCCUAGCCCAAGCCAGGGACUCUGCUUCUACUACUGGGGUCUGUUUGAUGGGCAUGCAGGGGGCGGAGCUGCUGAAAUGGCCUCCAGGCUCCUGCAUCGCCACAUUCGGGAGCAGCUAAAGGACCUCGUGGAGAUACUCCAGGACCCCUCGCCACCUCCCCUCUGCCUCUCAUCCACCCCGGGGACCCCGGGUUCCUCGGAUCCCUCUCACUUGGUGGGUCCUCAGUCCUGCUGGCCUUCACAGAAGGAAGUGACCCACGAGAGCCUGGUAGUGGGGGCCAUUGAGAAUGCCUUCCAGCUCAUGGAUGAGCAGUUGGCCCAGGAGCGGCAUGGCCACCAUGUGGAGGGGGGCUGCUGUGCUCUGGUUGUGGUCUACUUGCUGGGCAAGGUGUACGUGGCCAAUGCAGGUGACAGCAGAGCCAUCAUUGUCCGGAAUGGUGAAAUCAUUCCAAUGUCUCGGGAAUUCACCCCGGAAACGGAGCGCCAGCGUCUUCAGCUGCUGGGCUUCCUGAAACCAGAGCUGCUGGGUGGUGAAUUCACCCACCUCGAGUUCCCCCGCAGAGUUCAGUCCAAGGAGCUGGGCCAGAGGAUGCUGUACCGGGACCAGAACAUGACCGGCUGGGCCUACAAAAAGAUCGAGCUGGAGGAUCUCAGGUUUCCUCUGGUCUGUGGGGAGGGCAAAAAGGCUCGAGUGAUGGCCACCAUUGGGGUGACCCGGGGCUUAGGCGACCACAACCUCAAGGUCUGCAGUUCCAGCCUGCCCAUCAAGCCCUUCCUUUCCUGCUUCCCAGAGGUACGAGUGUAUGACCUGACACAGUAUGAGCACUGCCCCGACGAUGUGCUCGUGCUGGGGACGGAUGGUCUGUGGGAUGUCACCAGUGACUGUGAGGUAGCUGCCACUGUGGACAGGGUGCUGUCGACCUAUGAACCCAAUGACCCCAGCAGGGAACAUCGAGGCAUCCCUCAAGCACUGCCACUCAACAUGCCUCAGACUGAACUCACCACUUUCUCCACAAACACGUGCCUUCUGGUACGUCAUCUCAACAGCUCCAGUUGGAAGUUGGUCUUGGAAUUGGUCACCAUGGCUCCCGUCUCUUCCUCAUCAAGCUAACCACUAUUUUUGAUUAUCUAUUUUAAAAACAUUUCAUAUUUCUCCACUUGUUUCUACCCCUGAUGUCACUACCUUAGUUCUUUACUGCAUUAGCUUCCUAACGCGUCUCCUAUCUCUGCCUCCAGGCCACUCUCCUGUUUCCCCUAAGAUCCCCGGGACGUAACAGACAGAGUGUCCUUUCUGCAGAGUGAAUCUGAGUUGGCGGUUCCCUUGAGAGAACAUCUCAGUGGCUCCUUCCUGCUAUUUAGAAGAACACUCAGUUCUUGAGUGUGGUGGCAUACAAGGACCUUCAUGAUCUGGCC